GACGAAAGAAAAACGGCGUCGCUUAGGAAGGAACAUAACCGCCUCGCUGUUCCUGGAGAAAAGAGACGCUAAUAUAAAGCUUUCCCGAUAAACAAUAGCGCUCUCAUUUUGGCUCCGUUCAGGCAGCUUAUUAGGGUUUUGAUCUUCAAUCUCUUCACCGCGACCCAAAUAUGGCGACGGCGUCAGUGGCAUUCAAAUCAAGGGAAGAUCAUCGUAAGCAAAUUGAAUUGGAAGAAGCCCGAAAGGCUGGGCUCGCACCAGCUGAGCUCGAUGAGGAUGGAAAGGAGAUCAAUCCUCAUAUUCCUCAGUAUAUGUCCUCUGCACCUUGGUAUCUCAAUGCUGAAAGACCUAGCUUGAAACAUCAAAGGAAAUGGAAAACAGAUCCAGAUUACACAAAAUCGUGGUACGACAGAGGUGCAAAGAUUGGCCAGGCUGAUAAAUAUAGGAAGGGUGCAUGCCAGAAUUGUGGAGCUAUGUCACAUGAUGUCAAGUCUUGUAUGGAAAGACCCAGGAAAGUGGGAGCAAAGUAUACAAACAAACACAUUGCUCCUGAUGAGAAGGUAGAGACUUUUGAGCUCGACUAUGAUGGAAAACGGGACCGCUGGAAUGGAUAUGAUGCAUCAUCUUAUGCUCUAGUCAUCGAGAGAUACGAAUCAAGAGAUGAAGCACGAAGGAAAUUCUUAAAAGAACAACAACUUAAAAAAUUGGAGGAGAAAAAUAAUAACCAAAAUGGUGAAGAAGCAGUUAGUGAAGAGGACGAAGAGGAGGCUGAGGACGAGGAUGAUCUGAGGGUGGAUGAAGCCAAGGUUGAUGAGAGCAAACAAAUGGACUUUGCAAAGGUGGAGAAGCGUGUUCGUACAACAGGUGGUGGGAGCACAGGAACUGUCAGGAAUUUGCGUAUUCGUGAGGAUACUGCAAAAUAUCUUUUAAACCUUGACGUCAACUCUGCACAUUAUGAUCCCAAAACCCGUUCCAUGCGUGAGGAUCCUCUUCCAGAUGCUGAUCCAAAUGAGAAAUUUUACGCGGGUGAUAACAGAUAUAGAAAUAGUGGUCAAGCUAUGGAGUUCAAGCAGUUGAACAUUCAUGCCUGGGAAGCAUUUGACAAGGGACAAGACAUUCACAUGCAAGCAGCCCCAUCCCAGGCUGAAUUACUGUAUAAGAACUAUAAGGUAAUUAAGGAGAAUUUGAAGUCGCACACAAAGGAGACCAUUUUAGAGAAGUAUGGCAACGCAGCUAGUGAAGAAGCGAUUCCUAGGGAGCUUUUACUGGGACAAAGUGAAAGAGAAGUCGAAUAUGAUCGUGCUGGAAGGAUUAUCAAAGGACAGGAAACCACACUUCCCAGAAGCAAGUAUGAAGAAGAUGUUUAUAUCAACAACCACACCUGUGUAUGGGGUUCAUGGUGGAAGGAUCAUCAAUGGGGAUACAGAUGUUGUCAGCAGUUUACUCGAAACAGCUAUUGCACAGGUGCUGCUGGAAUAGAGGCUGCCGAGGCUGCAACUGAUCUGAUGAAGGCUAACAUUGCUCGUAAAGAGGCUGUUGGAGAAAUGCCUCCUCCUGCGGAGGAGAAAAGACCUGCCACUUGGGGAACUGACAUCCCAGAAGAUCUGGUUUUAGAUGAGAAAUUACUUGCUGAAGCUCUUAAAAAAGAGGAUGCAAGAAGGAAAGAAGAGAGAGAUGAGAGAAAACGCAAAUACAAUGUCAGAUGGAAUGAUGACGUUACUGCUGAGGAUAUGGAGGCAUACAGGAUGAAGAAAGUUCACCAUGAUGAUCCAAUGAAGGAGUUUCUGAACUGAUUUUCAUAUAUCAUAUAAUCGUGGUGAAGCUUAACUACUACCUGAAUCAGACCUGCUCAUUUCAGUCAGAUCAUUUCUUGGAUCAGUUGGGAUCCUGAUUAGGAGCCAUCUGAUAUGAGAAGCUCCGAAUGGGAUUUCUUAAGCAAAUCUCUUAAAAGUGUGAGGUGUGAUUACUGUUAAGCUAAAUGCUGAGGAGUUGGCAGUUAUGUUGCUGUUAAAGAGCGUGGUGGUAGGCUGUGCUCACUUCAAUUGUUGUUUUAACUUUAGUGGCAUGAACGAGUUAUGUAAUGGAAUUACUUUGGGUUUAAGUAUUAUGUUCAUGUUCUUGGUCCUGCCAGGACAUGUUUAUCUUGAAUAAAUUGUUGGAAGCAGAAACCCGAAGAGUUUUUCUUUUGGUCUUUGGUUAUUCUAAUGGAUUCCAACGGCCAUAUCGAACUAUAAACUGGGCAAAAAGUUGCCAGCUUAAAAGAGUUGAAGAAUCUGAUUUUG